GUCGGCGGAGAUUAUGAGCUAGCAGAUGGCGGGUGGCGAGGUAGGGGACACUAGGUUGAGGAGGGCUCUUAUGAGGGCUCUCGUUGGCCAGACGGGCAGAAGAGCAGAAACUAUCGUUCUCCCUCUAGAGCUCCUCCGCCAGCUAAAACCAUCCGAAUUCACUGACACCAACGAGUACCACCAUUGGCAACGCCGACAACUCAAGGUCUUAGAAACAGGCCUCAGCUUACACCCAUCAACCCCCCUCGACCACCCAAACUCCGCCGCUUUCCGCCUUCGCGAAGUCGUCCAAAUGAGCGAGCUCAAACCCAUCGACACGAGCAAGAACUCUGAAGCAAUGUGCACCCUCUGCAGUUCUGUCCUCACAUUGGCAUGGAGAAGCCCUAACAAUUUCCCUACCAGCGAUGUUUGUCACUGGGCCGAUGGAUAUCCACUCAAUGUCUACCUCUAUCUCUCUCUAAUACAUUCAAUCUUUGAUUUACGCGAUGAGACUGUCGUCUUGGAUGAAUUGGAUGAAUUAAUAGAGCUAAUGAAGAAGACUUGGGUGGUAUUGGGUAUUAAUAAAAUGAUCCAUGAUGUAUGUUUCACUUGGGCCCUUUUUGAGCAGUAUGUGAUCACAGGUCAAAUUGAGCCAGACUUGAUGUGUGCAGUACUGGCAAUGCUAACAGAGGUGGCCAGCGAUAUAAAAAAAGCUGACAGGGAGCCUGGUUAUCUGAAGAUACUUUCAGCAACUUUGAGUUCGAUGCAGGGAUGGGCAGAGAAGAAGUUGAUGAACUACCAUGAGGGGUUUGAGAAGGGGCUGAUUGGGACCAUGGAGAAUGUGCUGAGUUUGGCGUUGUCGAUAGCAAAAAUUAGUGAAGAUGUCCCUAGUAUGCGAGGGGGGUUGCUGAUGGAUCGGGAUGGUGGGAUAACGAUGAAUUUGUUGGAGAGUCGAGUGGAUAUGUACAUAAGGUCUUCUCUGAAGAGUGCUUUCGCUAAGAUAUUUGAAAAUGGUCAUUGGCAAAUAGACAGCACGGUUAUGGAAAUAGAAGAGUAUCCAAAUGAAGUACUACUGCAACUCACCAAGGAGAUCAAAGCCCUAGCCAUCUACGAGAAAGAGAACUUCAGCCCCCUCCUGAAGCAAUGGCAUCCUGUCCCAUCUGCAGUUGCAGUGGCCACCAUCCACAGCUGCUUCGGUAUUGUGCUAAAGCAGUACAUGGCAAGAAUCACGACCCUGACAAAUGAAUCGAUUCGGGUCUUGCAAACUGCUGGAAAACUCGAGAAGAUAUUGAUCCAAAUGGUUGUUGAGGACUCAUCAGAGUGUGAUGAUGGAGGAAAGGGGGUUGUUACAGAGAUGAUUCCCUAUGAAGUUGAUUCUGUUGUAAAGAACCUGAUGAAGAAUUGGAUCAACGAGAGGCUAAGGAUCGGGAGGGAGUGUUUCUUAAGAGCGAAAGAAACUGAGAGUUGGAAUCCGAAGUCUAAAUCAGAGCCCUAUGCACAGUCUGCUGUGGAUCUGAUGAUGGUUGUGAAGGUAACAGUUGAUGAAUUUAUUGAUAUCCCUUCAUCGGUGAGGGAGGAAUUGGUUCAGGAUCUUGUUGAUGGACUGGAAAACCUUUUCCAGGAUUACACCUCCUUUGUCUCAUCAUGCGGGAGCAAGCAGAGCUACAUACCCACCCUCCCCCCACUUACCCGCUGCAACCAAGACCCCACCUUCAUCAAGCUCUGGCACAAGCUUGCCUCUGCGCCUGCGCUCCGCCCACUGCCACCUACCUUCGCUCUGCACCCGUCGACCGCACCACAGCCCCUCCUUCGCCAGCCGCGGCACCCAGCGCCUCUAUGUCCGCCUCAACACCCUCCACUACUCCUUCCCUCCUCCACUCUGUCGACAAAUCCUCUCCUCCACCCGUACCACCGCCACCGCCACACGUCCUCGUCCCUCUCACUUCGACAUCUCCCACUCCUCCAUCCAGUCCGCCAUCUCCAUGUCUCCCGCGUCGCAGCCUACCGCCUCAUUUUCAUCGACUCUGCCCGCUACUUCUAUGAAGGCCUCUACGCAUAUGGCGUUGCUGAGGCCCGUAUUGGCCCUGGCCUCCGCACACUGAAGCAGAACCUCUCCCUCCUCGUCACCGUCCUGACCGACUGCGCUCAGCCACUGGCAGUCCAGGAGGUGAUGAAAGCGGCAUUCGACGCAUUUUUAAUGGUUCUAUUAGCCGGAGGGAGUACUCGGGCGUAUCGGAGGGCUGACUACGAUAUGAUUAUCGAUGAUUUGGAUAGCUUGAAGAGGGUGUUCUGUGCAUCGGGAAGAGGGCUGGUGGCGGAGAGGUGGUGGACGAGGGAGGCGGAGGUGUGA